AUGCUCGAGUUAGUCCACCGAAACCCUGAAACCAAACACGAUUUGACUGUUUUUGAAUUUAAUGAAAAUUCUACUCAUCAACCCGUUGAAAAAUUAAUAAUUUUUUGUCACGGAGCUGGAGGGCGUGCUGGUCAAUUCGAAACUGUUUGUUCUCUGUUGUCGGAAAAGCAUAAAGAUUGGCAUUUGGUUGCUCUCGAUCAAAUCGGACACGGAAAGAGUUUUUCUUCUGAUAAAACCUAUGAUAAAGAGGAUUUUAAAUUCGAUAACUUGUAUUCAAAUCUAGAAUUUGUGGUCAAUCAUUAUAGGAACAAAUACGAGAAGAAUGGUCACAGUGUCGAGCUCAUAAUAGUGGGUCACUCUGUUGGCAGUGGUCUCGCGAUGAAAUAUACCAUCAAACACAAAGACAUUGUAAAGAAAUUGAUACUAUUAGGAACGAAGGAAGCCGCUCCAGGUCAAUCUCCUGUGUGGAUAUUACCUGUCUUUGCUUUAAAUUUGAUGAGAGGAGUGUUUAGUAUGAACUUUAAGAAGUUAGCUUAUCACACUUCCACUAGUGAGGAAAUUAUUGAGAAAGAAUCUGAAUGCACUAAAAAUAAUACCAUGUUCAUGAUGAAGAGCAUUUGUACUCAAUUGGAAUGGCCAACUCAUGAUGAAAUUGCAUCCAUUAAAACCCCAACCUUAGUGAUUGCAGGUGAAACGGAUGGAUUGACACCACCUGAAAAGGGAAAACUCGUGCAUGAACUAAUUGAGGGCAGUCAAUUUGUUGUGCUGGAAAACACGUCACAUAACAUGAUGAUUGAGAGACCCUCUCUCGUUGCUGAGACUAUUGAGAAAUUUUUAACCUAG